AUGAAAAAAAUUAAGCGGAUCGUACCUCAGGUACUAUGGAAAGUGUUCCGGAACCGAGCGCGCACCCUUGCGGAAACCAUACUAUCCUUGAUCCCUCCACCGUCGUCGGCGACGGUUCAAUGCCUGUGCAAGGGUAGUGGCCAUUGUCUCCGUUGCUGUUGCGACGGUGACCGUAUGUCAUUUCUGUUCAGAGAAAACGACCCCUCCGACUACCGUAAACUCCUCAAUCAGUGCUUUGUGGUUGUCUCGGACUCGGACAAUGCGCCCUCUCCUCCUCCUUUCGAUCCUCAUUCUCGCUGGUUCCAACUUGAGCUUGUUAGAAGGACAGUCGAAAUGAUAUCAUGCGAGAAAGUACCCACAAAAAAUGUGAUAUGCACAGGUUAUAAUAAGUACAAUCGCUCAAGCAUCUUUUUAGAAGCUCUAACGUCGGCGUCAUGGAGCCUGCUAUUGCAGAGGAUAGGAGAUGGCCUCAUGGUUUAUUUACUGAAGCAUUCUUCAAUAUUUAUGCCUCUUCAUCGAAAGAAACACCAUCAGGUGGCUGGAAUUCCCAUUACCGAUUUGUGCUGGAAACUCUUGAAGCAUCCAUCUGAUUCCAAGACUCAGCACCCUGCAGCAGGUGUUCCAGAGAGGUACCAUGAAGUUGAUUCCAAUUCCAAGAACGAUGAUAAUGCGGAAUACUCUACGAGUUGUCAUGGUGAUCCCAUAAUUGGCACUGACUGUACUGGAACAGCCCAAGAAAAUGCAGUUGUAGCUGUGGCUCAAUCUGGGAAGCGAUUAAGACCAUAUGCUUGGCAGCGCAGGAGUAAACGUAGGAAGUGGUCAUCUCAGGACAUGUGUGAUGCAAACUGUUCUUUACCUGAGAAAAAGGUAAUCAAUUUUCCACAGAUGAAAUUUCCAUGCUCUUGUUGUUCCGUUUGGCAAACGCUGCAGAAAGUUCCCAGAGGAGUUCAUAUUAGCAAGCGAACGAUGUUAUAUAAACUGGAACGCGCUUCAUCAAUUCUUCCAGGAGAACACAUAAUAAAUUCUCUGAGGCCAAAUGUUGCUGGUGCAAAUGCUCUCUUCAAAGAAAUUUUUGGGUUAACUGAAGCCUGCAUUGCUGCUCCACCAACCCCAUGCUCGCACAGCAAUGACAUUUGCAUUAGUGGAACAACAUGUCUAUAUCACUCUCUUCAUAAGCUGCUUAAGAUUCUUAUACGGAAAGCUAAUCAUUGCCGACGUCUAAGGUUAUUGAACAAGCAUAUCUUCAUACCCUCCUUGGAUCCAAAUCCUAGAGAAGACCACCAUGAUUCGUAUUGCUCAAAAAGGCAGGUGGUGUCAUUUAUAUGGGCGGCUUGUAGGAGCAUUGUUCCCCGAGAACUACUAGGAACUCCAUCUAAUUGGAGGAUCCUCCGGAAGAAUAUAUCUAUGUUUAUCAGGCUACGAAUAUAUGAGAAGUUUUCCAUACAUCAGUGUCUGCGUAAACUGAAAACAUCAAACUACCCCUUUCUAUUGGAUGAACACUCUCUCUGCAACUCUAUUAUAAAACGAAAUCUUUUAGAAAGAUGGACAUAUUGGUUCUUUAAAUGCCUUGUAGUGCCAUUGGUACAAGCUAACUUCUACAUAACUGAGAGUGAGCAUGGAAAACUAGAUGUCUUCUUUUAUGAGAAAUCGCUUUGGGAGAAGCUGAUGAAAAGCUCUCUCUCUUGCUUAAAGGAACAGUGUUAUAGUUUGUUGGAUGUGAAUGCUGUUAAAAGUAUUGUAAGUGCUAGGUCAUUUGGUUUUUCAAGGGUUAGAUUCCUUCCAAAAGCAAAUGGGAUAAGACCACUUGCUAAUCUUAGAUCAUCGUCAAGAUUGCCUCUGGGACAAUCCUCUUUGCAAGCUUACAAACGCUGGCCGCUGAGACAUCCACUUUCACAUUCAAGAAGGGAUGCUUAUAAGGAAUUUAAGGCUGUAAAUGUCGUUCUUCGAGAUUUGCAUGCAGCCCUAAAAGACGUGCAACUCCAAAGACCAGAAACAUUAGGCUCAUCAGUAUUCAGUUACAAUGAUGUGCACAGAAAGUUUCGUGAUUUCAUCUCACGUAUCAACAGAGGAUUGAACACUUUGCCUUGUGUAUAUUUGGUUGUAGCUGAUGUCCGGAAAGCUUAUGAUUCCAUUGAUCAGGAUAAACUGCUUCUUGUGAUGAAAGAUGUUAUAACUGAUGAUCAUCUCCUACAUCAAACACACCAAGUCAUCGUGUCAAACAGAUACAUGCAAGUCUGUCAAUACAUCAAUUUGUCUAGACAAUUCCGAUCUCAUGUUCAUGCUUGCUCAUCUCAUAGCAUCCUUGUUAAUCAGGGAAGAAGCAGAACAGCAAGGAAAGAGGAUCUCCAUUUUAAUCUACAGCAGCAUGUGAAGUACAAUGUGCUGCAUAUAGAUAAGAAGUUUUACCUGCAAAAUGUUGGUAUACCCCAAGGAAGUAUUUUGUCUUCACUACUAUGCUCAUUUUAUUUUGGGCACAUGGAAAAUUGCAAACUUGUCCCGUUUCUAGAUAAGGUUACUAAAACUGGCAUGCCAGAGUCUUCAGAUAGACGUUGUAUUGGUGAUCAUUUGCUACUCAGGUUUAUUGAUGAUUUUCUUUUCAUCUCAACCUCAAAGAAACAGGCUCUUGCAUUCUUCUCUAGGCUAGAAAGAGGAUUCUGCGACUAUAACUGCAACAUGAACAGAGAAAAAUUUGGCUUUAGUUUUGAUGUUGACAACAUCAAGCCACAAUCAAACAGGGUAUAUAUUGAUGAAGAUGGUAAUAAGUUUCUCCGGUGGAGUGGUUUGUUUAUCAACUGCAAGACUCUGGAAGUUCAGGCUGACUACACGAGGUACCUAGAUGCCCAUUUAAGUUCAACACUUACCGUCUGCUGGCAAGGGAAUCCAGGUCGUCAUUUCAGUGGAAAAUUGUGCGACUAUUUGCGACCCAAAUGUCAUGCCAUCUUCUAUGACUCAAACAUUAAUUCAGCAGCUGUCGUCAGACUAAAUAUCCAUCAAGCAUUUCUGCUAUGCGCAAUGAAGUUCCAUUGCUAUAUCUGUGAUCUAUCUGAUAUCUGCAGUUUUGACUCAGGAUCCUAUAUGAACAUCAUCCACAACUCUUUGAGGUUUAUGUAUAAGCUUAUGAAAAAACAGAUGUAUUCCCUGGAUGUUGAUCCUAGUUUACGACCAAUUCUCAAAGUGAAAAAGAGAGAAGUGGAAUGGCUUGGAUUAACCGCUUACUUUCAAGUCCUGCAACGAAAGCAAUCGAGGUAUAAGGAGCUACUUUCUUUGUUGAAGUCACAGUUGAAGUCAUGGAACGAAGGAAGGGUCUCAUCCGUCUUGAAGUUUGCCGCUGACAAGUCUAACUCCUCGGUACUAUGGAAAAUCAAGUAUUGA